UAGCUAGUUUUAAUUAAUGUGUACUUUAAGAAGCUAGUGCAUGUGUAAGUUAACAACUUCUCACCGAAAACCUAGAUCUGUCAUUAUGUCCUAUAUCUCAUUGUAAUCAUCGAAGAUCAAUAUCAACUCCACGUUCUCCAUUGAAGCGACUUGUGAAAUUUCUUUCUUCCAUUGAAGCAGUUUCUGAGAACCCUUUCAUGGUAGUAUGAACAAUGAAAUUGGGACUUUUCUACCUGGGUCCAGGGCAACUGCCGCUCUUGCCUUGGCUCAGGGACUGGUCUGCGAUCAUCUUCGAAGCUCGAAUAAUUGUCUCAAUGCCAUCCCUUUGAGGGAGCUUGGAAGGACCCGAUUAUUUUGUGGUGGGAAGAAGAUGGAUUUAUCAGUGUCUGCAAAGUUAAGGAAAGUGAAGAAGCAUGAGUAUCCUUGGCCUGAAGAUCCUGAUCUCAAUGUGAAGGGCGGAAUUCUCACCCAUUUGUCGCCUUUCAAGCCCUUGAAGACGAAGCCAAAGCCGGUGACUUUGGACUUUGAGAAGCCUCUAAUGGACCUUCAAAAGAAGAUUAUCGAUGUAAGGAAGAUGGCAAAUGAGACUGGUUUGGACUUCAGUGAUCAGAUUGCAUCUUUGGAGAAUAAAUAUCAGCAGGCACUGAAGGAGCUUUACCUACAUCUUACCCCUAUUCAACGUGUGAAUAUUGCACGUCAUCCCAAUCGUCCAACUUUUCUCGAUCAUGUUUUUAAUAUCACAGAGAAGUUUGUGGAACUUCAUGGAGAUCGAGCUGGUUAUGAUGAUCCUGCUAUAGUUACUGGUCUUGGUACGAUAGAUGGUAGGAGCUACAUGUUCAUUGGUCAUCAAAAGGGAAGGAACACAAAGGAGAAUAUUGAACGCAAUUUCGGAAUGCCUACUCCUCAUGGAUAUAGGAAGGCUCUUCGCAUGAUGUACUAUGCUGAUCAUCAUGGAUUUCCCAUUGUCACCUUUAUUGAUACUCCAGGGGCAUAUGCAGAUUUAAAAUCGGAGGAGCUAGGGCAAGGAGAAGCCAUUGCUCACAAUUUAAGGACUAUGUUUGGGUUAAAAGUACCAAUUAUAUCCAUCGUUAUAGGUGAAGGUGGUUCUGGUGGUGCUCUAGCCAUUGGAUGUGCUAACAAAUUACUGAUGCUAGAAAAUGCAGUCUUCUAUGUAGCCAGUCCAGAGGCAUGUGCAGCUAUCUUGUGGAAGAGUGCUAAAGCUGCUCCCAAGGCAGCAGAAAAGCUGAGGAUAACUGCUAAUGAGCUGUGCAGAUUGCAGAUUGCAGAUGGUGUCAUACCUGAGCCACUCGGUGGUGCACAUGCUGAUUCAUCAUGGACAUCACAGCAAAUCAAGAAGGCAAUUGUAGAAUCGAUGGAUGAGCUUGUGCAAAUGGACAUUGAAGAGCUCUUGCGUCAUAGGACACAGAAGUUCCGGAACAUUGGUGGUUUUCAAGAGGGGUUACCUGUUGACCCUAAGAAAAAAGUGAACAUGAAGAAGAAAGAAGAACCACUCCAAAGCAAGGCUUCAACCCUGGAGCUGGAUAGUGAGGUUGAAAAGCUGAAGGAGCAAAUCCUAAAAUCCAAGGAUUUGUCAAAUGAAACUCCAAAUGUAGGUGAAAUGAUCGAGAAGCUCAAGCAAGAGGUUGACCAUGAAUUUUCUGAAGCUGCUGAAGCCUUAGGCUUGAAGAACCAGCUUUUGAAGUUGAGGGAAGAACUUUCAAAAGCAAGAAAUGCCCAGGAUAACGUAGUGCAGCUGGACAAGGUUGAAAAAUUUAAGGACGAGUUCAGUAAACGGCUAUCUACAGCUCCUAAUUACGAAAGCCUUAGUUAUAAGCUUGAUAUUCUGAAAGAAUUAUCCAAAACCAAGAAAAUCUCUGAAAGUAAAAGCAGGUCAACCAUGUUGAAGCAGGAGGUGAACAAGAAAUUUAAAGAGAUCCUAAAUCGUCCUGAUAUAAAGAAGAAGGUUGAAAUGCUUAAGUCUGAAAUUAAGAAAUCUGGGGCAUCCACUCCAAAUGAUCUUGACCGUGGACUGAAGAAUAAGAUCAUGGAGCUAAAGAAAGAGAUAGAAGUAGAAUUUGUAACUGUUCUUAAGUCCCUAGAUUUGGAUCUAAAGAUUGCAGAACCAAAUGCUGUAGCUUCUGUUGAAGGAAGUUUGCCCUUAAACCUAAAAAGCAUGAUUGGAGAACUGAAUGAAGAAAUACAAGGAAAAAUUCAAAACACUGUCAACACAUCGGAGUUGAGGGACAAAAUAGAUAUGUUGAAAUUGGAGCUAGUGAAGGCUGAAAAGAACGCUGAUGCAGAACUGCAAAAUAGAAUUCAGGUUUUGACUAAUGACAUAAAGAAGAGUCUCGCAGAGACUCUAAGUACUUCUGAGCUUGUUGAAAAGCAUGGAAAGCUUAGAUUUGAGAUUGAAAAGGUACUAAAAUCUAAUGGGAGUUCAAGUAAAAGUCCAGACACUGGAUCAAAGGUGGAUGAGAUUAACAUUGGAGCUGAGCGCAGCUAUGCUUAGUAUAUUUAUAGUCCAUUUGUUCUCUUAUUACUUAUGCAUGUUGUCCAUUUUCCUUAGUUUAUUCCUUAAGAAUUUGCUUCACAUCCACUUGAAUAGUGGAAGAGUCAAAAUUUACUAGAUUUUUUCUAAUUUUAGGGUGACAGGAAAAUGCUGCCCAAAACUUGAAUAGGGGCCUUAUAUUAGGUAGGUGAUUUUUUUAAAUUUUAUUUUAUUUUAUUUAUUUUAUUUUUUUUUUUCCGACAAAAUUGGCCUUUAGUGAGUAUUCCCUUGCCAGAGUCGGUGAGCCUUCAA